AGACGAACUGAGAAAAAAACUGAAAGUAUUGAAAAAAAUUGUAAUCUACCAAUUACAAAGAAAACAGUUUGCGCUGAGCAACCAGUGCACAAAGUACAAUUUUAUUGCAUUUCACGCUCGUAUAAUAUUGAUGUUGGUCAGUUUUUAAGCGAUUGUGAGAACAAGAAAAAAAAUGAGCUUGCAAAAGUGUUUUGCAUUUAGAAAUCAAUGAAAAAUAAUAUUGUGAUUGAAGUUUGUUCCAUAUUGAUAAAGUUUGUGUUGACUUCUGUAAGCAAUAAGUAAAUUUUCUGUAAUAGUUGAAUAUUUUAAAACCUUGAACAAACUUCAUCUCACAUUUGUUGUUGUGAGAAAAUGAGUUCGCCACGAAAUGAACAACCAUUGCUGGAUACAACAAGUGAUAGCGAAGAUGUGAACGAGGAUGCAAUUUCGGUAGUUAAACGCAGAAGUUUUGACGAUUUUGGAAAUGAAUCUGGUUAUGGACACAACAGCAGUCAUUCAGAUAUUAACGACACGGAUACGCAUGAUAUUCGUGACUUGGAAUCGACAGACGACUAUGACGAUGAUACUCAGCAGUUGUUCAAGGCACCAAAUACAGUUCCAGUUGAUCGAUUUUCUUUCACCUACAUUGUCUUCUAUCUGCUCGGAAUGACGACACUUUUGCCGUGGAAUUUUUUCAUUACAGCUGAAGACUAUUGGAUGUUCAAAUUUCGAAAUGUGACAAGUAAUUCAAGUGAAAUCACGCCAAUACAAGCAACAUUCACCUCAGAUCUCACUUUCUCGGCGUCCAUACCGAGUACAAUGUUCCUGAUUUUAAAUGCCAUUUACGGUCAUAAAUUUCGAUUACACUUACGAAUGGUUGGAUCACUGGUUGUUAUUUUAAUAUUUUUCGCUUGUAACACCGUUCUCAUCAAAGUAAACACUGACAAAUGGCAAGAUACAUUUUUCGACGUCACCAUUGUUUCAGUGGUAGUCAUGAACAUUGCUACUGCUAUCUUAUCGGGUGGUUUAUUUGGAAUAUCCGGUCAGUUUCCAUCGGAAUAUAUAACAGCUGUAGUGUCUGGACAAGCGCUGGGCGGUGUAUUUACGGCAAUCAUAGAAAUCAUAACAAUAACAUUUGCAUCUGAUCCAAGUGAAUCUGCAUUGAUUUUCUUUACAAUUGGGAAUAUACUUUUGGUUCUAUCACUCGUUGCGUAUAUUUUGAUGGGACGAACAAAGUUUUUCAAAUAUUACACAACCGAUCGAUCAGGUGCUCUAUCGCCAAAGAAUUCCCGUUUACAAUUACAACGACAGCCGUCACUUGUUGGCAUGGAACCGAAGUUCUGGGAGGUUAUGAAUAAAAUGUGGCUCUACGGUUUUACAGAGUGGAUGGUAUUUGUGGCAACGUUGUCAGUGUAUCCUUCAGUGACAGUAUUAAUAAGCUCUCAAAAUCGCGGUCACCCAUGGAACGACGUGUACUUUAUUCCAGUAACAAAUUAUUUGAUAUUCAACUCUGGGGAUUAUCUCGGUCGAAUUUUGGCUGGUUUAAUAGAAUGGCCAAACGACAAACCUCAUUUGGUUGCCGUGAUGUCGAUAUUGAGAAUUGCAUUCCUUCCCGCAUUGUUGUUUUGCAACACCACUGUCCGUCACCGAUUACCCGUAUUUAUUCAUUCCGAUUACAUAUUUAUUCUGCUGAUGUGUUUCUUUGCCUUUACAAAUGGUUAUCUCGCCAAUAUUGCCAUGAUUUGGGCGCCAAAAUCGGUGAGAAAUCAAGAAAAAGAGAUGGCCUCAUCAAUAAUGGCAGCCUUUCUUGGUAUCGGCUUAGCAUUUGGUUCAUCGAUUAGUUUGGUCAUUGUUCAACUGUUAUAAAUCUCAUCUUUAUGUGUGUACAUAUCCAAAGCUAAACAUCUCAUUUUAAGGUUACAGUUGAAGUUCGGUAAAAGAAGUAUAACCCAAAUUUGAUUAUGCUUAUAAAUGUCGUUUCAAGAUCUUAAUUCCAAUUUACUUAUGUAAAUAAAUAAUCCAAAAAUGUGUCUGUAGACAGAUUUGAGGUAUUGUUUAGGUAAAGAAAUUCCACCAAAUCAGAAUCACAUACUUAUAUCACAAAUUUUAGAAUAUAUAAGGGACCAAAAUUGAUUUUAUGCGUAGAGAAUGGUAGAAAUGUGAUAAAAUGAACAAGAAAAUCCAUUAUUGAUUACAAAUAUAGUACGUAAAUGAAAUAAGUUGCCAUUAAAUAUUAAAACUAUAACAUGUAAUGAACUGUAUUCAUGAAAUAAUAAACUUUGAAUGUGUGUAUAUGGUGUAUCAUUAUUGUGAAUAUAAAAAUGUUUGAAGAAAAAUCCUCAUCCAAAAAUUAA